AUGGAUGCAUCGACCUCGAAGACCGAAGAAGUUAGUGGGGUAGAUAUGUUUGAACGGUUUCAGAGGCUGAGGCCACCGUCCUUCUCAGGAGCACUAGAUCCAGUCCUAGCAAAACACUGGUUGAAUAGAAUGGCCAAGAUGAUGAGAUCGCUGGGUUGUUCAGAUGCCCAAAAGGUUAUUCUCGCCACUUAUGCCUUCGAAGGCGAGGCUGAUAUAUGGUGGGAAGGCAUGUUAAGAAGAGUCUCAUCUGACUAUGAGUGGACAUGGACUGAGAAGAAAAGGUUUAAUGAAAAAUACUUUCCUUCGUGCUAUCAUCAUGAGAAAAUAUCUAAGUUUCUCAAACUGGAACAAGGGAAUAUGACAGUGCCGCAAUCUGAAGCACACUUCGACGAAUUGUCACGAUAUGUACCAAAGGCCGUUGAGGAUGAAGAAUAUAAAUUGAAAAAGUUUAAGGAAGGUCUCUGA